UGUGUGUGUGUGUGUGUUUAUGUAUAUAUCAUAUCAUUUUUAUCCAUUCAUCUGUGGAUGAACAUCUAGGUUGCUUCCAUGUCUUGGCUAUUGUAAAUAUUGCUGCUGUGAACAUUGGGGUGCAUGUAUCUUUUUGAAUUAGUUCUUGUAUUUCCAAAUAAAUGCCCAGGAGUGGGAUUGCUGGUUCAUAUGGUAACUUCUAGUUUCCUAGGGGACCUCCAUGCCUUCUGCAUAGUGACUGCACCAAUUUACAUUCCCAGCAACAGUGGAGGAGGAUCCUCUUGUCUCCACAUCCUCUCCAGUAAUUUAUUAUUUGUAGGCAUCUUGAUGAUGGUCAUUCUGACAGGUGUGGGAUGAUUCCUCACUGUAGUUUUGAUGUGUAUUUCUCUAAUAAUUAGGGAUGUUGAACUAUUUUCAUGUGCCUGUUCCAUCCAUAUCUUUUUUGGAGAAAUGUUUAUUUAGGCCAUCUGCCCUUUUUUUGGAUCAAGUUGUUUGUUUUUUGAUAUUGAGCUAGCCUUUUGUAUAUUUUGGAAAUUAAUUCCUUGUUACAUCAAUUGCAAAUAUUUUCCCCCAUUUCAUAUUUUGUCUUUUAGCUUGUUUAUGGCUUCCUUUCAUGGGUAAGAAAAAGACAAAGAAAUGCAAGAAGGCAAAAUGGUUGUCUGAGGAGGACUUACAAAUAGCUAUGAAAAGGACAGAAGCAAAAGGCACAGGAAAGAUAUUCCCAUUUGAAUGCAGAGUUCCAAAGAAUAGCAAGGAGAGAUAAGAAAGCCUUCCUCAGUGACCAAUGCAAAGAAAUAGAGGAAAACAAUAGAAUGGGAAAGACUAGAGAUCUCUUCAAGAAAAUUAGAGAUACCAAGGAAACAUUUCAUGCAAAGAUGGGCACAAUAAAGGACAGAAAUGGUAUGGACUUAACAGAAGCAGAAGAUGGUAAAAAGGUGGCAAGAAUACACAGAAGAAUUACACAAAAGAGAUCUUCAUGACCCAGAUAAUCACAAUGGUGUGAUCACUCACCUAGAGCCAGACAUCCUGGAAUGUGAAGUCAACUGGGCCUUAGGAAGCAUCACUAUGAACAAAGCUAGUGGAGGUGAUGGAAUACCAGCUGAGCUAUUUCAAAUCCUAAAAGGUGAUGCUGUGAAAGUGCUGCACUCAAUAUGCCAGCAAAUUUGGAAAACUCAGCAGUGGCCACAGGACCGGAAAAGGUCAGUUUUCAUUCCAAUCCAAAAGAAAGGCAAUGCUAAAGAAUGCUCAAACUACUGUACAAUUGCACUCAUCUCACAUGCUGGCAAAAUAUUGCUCAAAAUCCUCCAAGCCAGUCUUCAAUAGUACAUGAACCGUGACCUUCCAUAUGUUUGAGCUGGAUUUAGAAAAGGAAGAGGAACCAGAGAUCAAAUUGCCAACAUCUGUUGGAUCAUUGAAAACAUGAGAGUGUUCCAGAAAAACAUUUGCUUUAUUGACUAUGCCAAAGCCUUUGACUGUGUGGAUCACAACAAACUGUGGAAAAUUCUUAAAGUGACGAGAAUACCAGACCACCUGACCUGCCUCCUGAGAAAUCUGUGUGCAGGUCAGGAAGCAACAGUUGGAACUGGACAUGGAACAACAGACUAGUUCCAAAUCAGGAAAGGAGUACAUCAAGGCUUUAUAUUGUCACCCUGCUUAUUUAACUUACAUGCAGAGUACAUCAUGAGAAAUGCUGAACUGGAUGAAGCACAAGCUGGAAUAAAGAUUACUGGGAGAAAUAUCAAUAACCUCAGAUACGCAGAUGAUACCACCCUUAUGGCAGAAAGCAAAGAAGAACUAAAGAGCCUCUUGAAAGUGAAAGAGGAGAGAGAAAAAAUCAGCUUACAACUCAACAUUCAGAAAACUAAGAUCAUGGCAUCUGGUCCCAUCACUUCAUGCCAAGUAGAUGGGGAAACAAUGAGAGACUAUCUUUUUGGGCUCCAAGUCACAGCAUAUGGUGACUGCAGCCAUGAAAUUAAAAGACACUUGCUCCUUGGAAGAAAAGUUAUGACCAACCUAGACAGCAUAUUAAAGAGCAGAGACAUUACUUUGCCAACAAAGGUCCGUCUAGUCAAGGCUAUGUUUUUUCCAGUGGUCAUGUAUGGCUGUGAGAGCUGGACUAUAAAGAAAGUUGAGCGCCAAAGAAUUGAUGCUUUUGACCUGUGGUGUUGGAGAAGACUCUUGAGAGUCCCUUGGACUGCAAGGAGAUCCAACUAGUCAAUCCUAAAGGAGAUCAGUCCUGGGUGUUCAUUGGAAGGACUGAUGUUGAAGCUGAAACUCCACUACUUUGGCCACCUGAUGCGAAGAACUGACUCAUUUGAAAAGACCCUGAUGAUGGGAAUGAUUGAAGGCAGGAGGAGAAGGGGAUGACAGAGGAUGAGAUGGUUGGAUGGUAUCACUGACUCAAUGGACAUGAGUCUGAGUAAGCUCAGGGAGUUGGUGAUGGACAGGGAGGCCUGGUGUGCUGUAGUCCAUGGGGUCGUGAAGAGUUGGACAUGACUGAGCAACCGAGCUGAACUGAACUUGCUGUGCGUACGCUUUUGAGUUUAACUAGGUCCCAUUUGUUUGUUUUUUAUUUCCAUUUCUCUGGGACACAGGUUGAAAAAGAUACUGCUGCAGUUGAUGUCAGUGUUCAGCCUAUUUUUCCUCUAAGCGUUUUGUACUGUUCAGUUUCACAUUCAGGUUUUUAAUUCAGUUUGAGUUUAUUUUUGUGUGUUAGAGAAUGUUAUAAUUUCAUUUUUUUACAUGUAGCUGUCCAGUUUUCCCAGCACCAUUUAUUGAAGCAACUGUCUUUCCUCCAUUGUAUAGUCUUGUCUCUUUUGUCAUAGGUUAAUUGGCCAUAGGUUCGUGGGUUUAUUUCUGGUAUUUCUAGCUUGCUCCAUUGAUCUGUAUUUCUAUUUUUGUGCCAAUACCAUACUGUUUUGAUGACUAUGGCUUUGUGGUAUAGUCAGAAGCCAGGGCACAUGAUUCCUCCACCUCCACUUUUCUUUUUCAAGAUUGCUUUGGCUAUUUGGGGUCUUUUGUAUCUCCAUACAAAUCUUAAGAUUUAUUUUGUUCUACUUCUGUAAAAAAAUGCCAUUGGUAACUUGAAGGGGCUUGCAUUGAUUCUGUAGAUUGCCUUAUAGUCAUUUUGACUAUAUUGUUUCUUCCAAUCCAGGAACAUGGUUUGUCUCUUCACCUGUUUGUGUCACCUUUGAUUUCUUUAAUCAGCAUAUUUUUUUGUUGUUUAAUUGAAGUAUACUUGAUUUACAAUGUAUUAAUUUCUUGUGUACAGCAAAGUGAUUCAGUUAUACAUUCCUUCAGUGAUCCAUUAGUUAUUUAAUAGUGUAUUGUUUAGCCUCCCAUAUUGUGGUUUUUCCAGUUUUUUUCUUAUAGUUGAUUUCUAGCCUCAUGGUACUGUGGUUGGAAAAUAUGCUUGAUGUAAUUUCAGUUUUCUUAAAUUUAUUCAGGCUUAUUUUGUGGGCUAGCAUGUGGUCUAUCCUGGAGAAUGUUCCAUGUGCAUUUGAUGCUGUAAUGUUCUUUAUCUUUCUGGCUUACUUCACUCUGUAUAAGGGGCUCCAGUUUCAUCCAUCUCAUUAGGACUGGUUCAAAUGAAUUCUUUUUAAUGGCUGAGUAAUAUUCCAUGGUGUAUAUGUACCACAGCUUCCUUAUCCAUUCCAUGUGCAUUUGAAAAGAAUGUGUCUUCUACUGCUUUUGGAUGGAAUGCUCUAUGAAUACUGAUUUAAGUCCAUUUGUUCUAAUGUAUUUUUAAGGCCAGUGUUUCCUUAUUCCUUUUCUAUGUGGAUGAUCUUGUCUAUUGAUGUAAGUGGGGUGUUAAAGUCCUCUAAUAUUGUUAUGUUACUGUUGAUUUUUCUUUUUAUGUUUGUUAAUUCAUGUUUGCUAAAUCACUUCAGCUGUGUCUGACUCUUUGAGACUCUACGGACUGUAGCCUGCCAGGCUCCUCUGUCCAUGGAAUUCUCUGGAGUGGGUUGCCAUUUCCUUCUCCAGGGGAUCUUCCUGACCCAGGGAUCCAGCCUUCAUCUCUUACGUCUCCUGCAUUGGCAGGCAGGUUCUUUACCACUAGUGCCACCUGGAUUUGCCUUAUAAAUUGAGGUGCUGGAUGCAUAUGUAUUUGUUGUUGUUAUGUCUUCUGCUUGGAUUGAUCCCUUCAUCAUUAUGCAGUGUUGUUCUUUGUCUCUUGUAACAGUCUUUAUUUAAAGCCCAUUCAUCUGAUACAAAUAUUGCUAUUCCAGCUUUAUAAAAAAAUUUUUCCAUGAGUGGAAUACCUUUUUCCAUCCCCUCACUUUCAGUCUGUAUGUGUCUCUAAACCUGAGGUGAGCCUUUUCUAGGCAACAUAUGUACAGAUUGCACUUUUCUUAUCCAUUCAGCCAGUGUAUGUCCUUUAGCUGGCACAUUUAGUCUGUUUACAUUUAAAGUAAUGAUCAGUAUGUAUGUUCUUGCUGCCAUUUUGUUAACUGUUUUGGAUUUGUUUUUGUGGGUCUUUUUCCCCCUUCUUUUGUUUUCUGGUGAUUUGACUAUCUUUAGUGUUAUGCUUGAAUUCCUUUUUAUCUUUUAAAGAUUUUUGGUUUGUGAUUUCCAUGAGGCUUUUGUGUAGCAUCUAUAAACAAACAUGAUUGUUUUAAGUUGCUGAUCUCUUAAUUUCACCUGUGUUUUAAACACCCUGUGUUUGUACACUCCUUCCCUCAUGAUUACUGUUUUUGAUGUCAUAUUUUAUAUCAAAUUGUUUUGUGUACCCUUAACUGCUUAUUGCAGAUACAGAUGAUUGUACUACUUAUGUCUCUUAACCUCCCUACUAGUUUUGUGUGUGGGUGAUUAUCUACCUUUACUAUAUAUUUGCCUUUACCAGUGAGCUUUUUCCUCCUGUAAUUUUCUUGUUUUUCAUUUGGAAUCCUUCCUUCAACAUUUAUCAUAAAGUUGGUUUUGUGGUGGUAAAUUAUUUUAGCUUUUGUCUCUAAAGCUUUUGGUUUCUCCAUCAAAUCUAAAUGUGAACCUGACUGGGUAGAGUGUUCUUGGUUGUAGGCUUUUCCCUUUCAUCACUUUAAAUAUAUAGUGCCUCUCCCUCUCGCCUGCAGAGUUUCUGCUGAAAAGUCAGCUUAUGUCCUUAUGGGAGUUUCCUUGUAUGUUAUUUGUUGCUUUCCUCUUGCUGCUUUUAAUAUUCUCUCUUUAAUUUUUGUCAUUUUUGUCCUGAAGACUCCAGGGCUGCUACCCACCACUGGCAGGUGAAGCCAGGCCCUGGGGUUAGUCCCAGACUACUGGCAAGAGAGCUGGUUCCUAGAGUCUGGCUGCAGGGCCAGGGAUCCCAGAGCUUGUUUCAGAUCAGUGGUGGUGGUGGGGUGAUGGUGGUUCCUAACAACAGUUAGGAUAUGUUGGGUAUGAGGUCCUGAAGAUUGUGUUAGCCUGUUAGAGGGCUGGGCAGGGCCCAUCUGCUCCCACGGUAGGGUCUGGACUGAUGGGGGUGGGGAGCUGUGUCCCAGCCGUUAGUCGUUUGGCAUGAGGCAUCUCUGCACUGGCACCUACAGUUUGUUGGGUGAGGCCAGGUCUUAGUGCUUAUGAGCCAAGACGUCAGCUGCCAACACAGUGUUCAUCUGUUUGAAUGUUCCCCAACAUGUCUGCCUCCAGGGUCUAUGUCCUCAUGAUGAGCUGCAGCUAGGUGUCCCCUGCACCUCCACCCUGCCUCUCCAGGACGCUCACCAGGCCCAGCAGGCACACGCCGAACAGAGGUCCUGUGCGCAUGCAGAAGAGAGCCGCCACCAACAAGCCAACCCAACAGAAAAAGCCCCUAGAAUGCAACCUACCUUGCUGCCACCUCCACCUUGGACUUCCCAGACCUCCAGAACUGGGUUACGGCUGGAAAGUCUUGGUUGCACUUUCUGUCACCGGUGCAGAAAGAACGUCCCCAGGAGUGGCCAGUGGCCUCUCGCCCGUGACAAGGCCACACAAACAGAGCAGUCUUCCUCUUGGGCUGGGUGGAAAGCCUGCUCCGGGACUGCUCGGCGUGCAAGGCACCACGAGGACGGGAAGGAGGGAAGGCUUCUAAAUGAAUAUUCUAUGAGCCCUUAUGGUGCACAUCCCUGCAUACUUGCCUGGAAGAAGUCUACAGGGACCAAAGAAAAGUCAGAUGGAGGUUCCUACUGCAUUUCUGCCUUCUCUUUUGAGCACUGUCCCACCCCAUCUUCUCUCACUGAGAAAACAAGACCUGAGUUCAACAGCACAUCAAUGAGCCGGAUGUCUAUGGGUUACAACUACAGAAAUGAUGUUAGACAAAAAGAAAAGUUGAGCGAUUUUUUAUUCGAGUUCAAAAUGGUCAUAAAGCAGCAGAGACAACUCACGUCGACAAUGCAUCUGGCCCAGAAACUGCUAAUGAAUGUAGAGUGCAGUGGUUAUUCAAGAAGUUUUGCAAAGGAAAUGAGAGCUUUGAAGAUGAGCAGUGCCGUGGCUGACCAUCGGAAGUUAACAAUGACCAACUGAGAAGAUCACUGAAGCUGAUCCUCUUACAACUACAUGAAAAGUUGCGCAAGAACUCAACGUUGACCUUCUAUGGUUGUUUGGCAUUUGAAGCAAGCUGGCAAGGUGAAAAGGCUCACUACGCGGGUGCCUCGCAGCUGACUAAAAAUUAAAAAUUGUCAUUUUGAAGUGUCCUCUUAUUCUAUGCAACAACAAUGAACCAUUUCUCAGAUUGUGAUGUGUGACAGGUGAAUUUAUAUGACAACCAGCAAUGACCAGACAACUAGUGAUGACCAGCUCAGUGGUUGGACUGAAAAGAGGCUCCAAAGCACUUCCCAAAGCCAAACUUGCACCAAGAAAAGGUCAUGGUCACUGGUGCUCUGCUGCCCAUUUGAUCCACUGCAGCUUUCUGAAUCCUGGUGAAGCCAUUUUAUCUGAGAAGUAUGCUCAGCAAAUUGAUGAGACACACUGAAAACUGCAAUGCCUCAGCCAGCACUGCUCAACAGAAAGGCCCGUUCUGUUGUCUUCUCCAUAACGCCUCCCGAUUGCACGUUGCACAACCAACACUUCAAAAGUUGAAUGAAUUGGGCUACAAAGUUUUGCCUCAUUUGCCAUAUUCACCUGACCUCUCAUCAACUGACCUCCACAUCUUCAAGCAGCUUGACAAUUUUUUGCAGGGAAAAUGCUUCCACAAGCAGCAGGAUGCAGAAAAUGCUUUCCAAGAGUUUGGAAUCCUGAAGCAUGCUACAGGAAUAAACAAACAUUUCUUUUUGGCAAAAAUGUGUUGAUUGUAAUGGUUCCUAUUUUGACUAAUAAAGAUGUGUUGGAGCCUAGUUAUGAUGAUUUAAAAUUCAUGGCACGAAAUUUAAAAAUUGCGGUCCAAAACUGCAAUUACUUUUGUACCAACCUAACAGAUUCUUAGGAAUGAGAACAAGCUUAGAGAAGAUAAAGCGAAACAUUUUCUGAAGUGUGUUCCGCAGAACGCCAGGCCCGUGAGGAGCUCUCCUGGCAGGAGGCUCCCAUGGCCAAAUGACCUGGGAAAAACACAGGCACUCCACCCCCUCUGGUGUCUCAGCCUUCGGAGGGCUCUGCAGUGCCUCAGUAAAGGAACUAUGUUAAAUUCCCAUGCUUGCUUUUGUAGGGGGGCUUGAGCUUCCCUUCCAA